AUGCUUGAAGGGACGCGGAUACAAUCAUCUGUACCCUCUGCAAUGAGAAAAUAUCCAAUAAGUGAGCUUGGUACUCAUCUUGUGCAAGAAUCCCAUCAAACUUCUAUACUAAGAUUCCUCAAACAUAUCGCAUAUGAAAUUGGACCAAUAGUUAACGAGCAACGUACCACUAUCUCAACUUCUCAUUCUCCGUUAGAAACAACCAACAGUGCUCGCUCGGGGAACACACUGAAACAAGAAAACAAUGUAGAUCAUCACGCUAUGGACUAUGAAAGUACAGUGUCGGAGCAAAUGGCUACAAAAACUAGCAGUCUUUUUGCUGAGGUGAAUAAAUGUCAUGACACCAUAACUGUGUUGAGUCAAGGCAUUCAAUCAUUAUCAAAUGAUACAACUAGAUUGGGCGCAGAAUCAUUUCGGCAUCAGAACUCCAUACAAUCAGCUUUUAGUGACGUAAACCAACUAAAACUAUCCAUUAAAGAAACGGAUAAUUAUCUAGCAGCUAUAGCUCCAAAUCAGGAAAUGAUGCAGGAGCAACUAUCGAGUAUUAAACAAAAAGUUGAAGAAACUGAACUCUCUUUCUACGAUGGUACGUUGACAUGGAAGGUGGCAGAUAUCUCAAAUAAAAUGGCAGAUGCUCAAAGCGAAAGACAAACAUCAAUUUAUUCACCGCCAUUCUACUCAUCACCAGCCGGAUAUAAAAUGAGGGCACGCUUAUAUCUGCACGGUGACGGUCAAGCGCGUCGAACACAUAUGUCACUGUUCUUUGUUUUAAUGAAAGGUGAAUAUGAUCCUGUCCUCAAAUGGCCAUUUAAUCAUAAGGUUACUUUCUGUCUUUUCGAUCAAUCUGGGCAAAAUCGACAUGUUAUAGAUUCGUUCCGACCUGAUACAAAGUCCAAUAGUUUCCAACGGCCACGAUCCGAAAUGAAUAUUGCUUCGGGUAUACCGAAGUUUUUUCCGUUACCAAUGAUUCAACAAGAGCACAAUAAUUAUGUCCGAGAGGACACAAUGUUCAUAAAAGUGAUUGUGGAUUUUGCUGAUUUACCAAAAAUGAUAUUGCCGUAUAUGUUGGGUCUUAAUCCUGGCCUACCGUCUCUUGUACAAGAGUACAUGAUUAGACAAGAAAAUCAUAAACGGCAACAAGCACCGACAAUGGCGACAGUUGUUCCGCCGCCGGUAACAACCAAUAGUUGCGGUUGA